AUGAAACGGCCUGCCUACCCUGUAUCGGCACAAGACAAACUUGGGGACAAGGAUGGUGAGAUUCUUUCCUUCAACCAACAAACCUCCCCCGGUAAACGACAACCAAGCACUCUCCCUCUAGAGCUUCUACACUAUGUAUUGUCCUUCUUACCCAAAGAGGCUCUGCUUCAAACGCGACUCGUCAACCGUCACUUGACCUUUCUGACUGCUCCCAGCGCAUUUCGCUUCAUCCGAUUGGUAGCCUACGGCGAAAGCUCCAGAAAGUUCAGAGACCUGGCCGAUUCACCGUUUCGUGUCCAUGUUCAAGAUGUCACCAUCGACACCUGGCUCGGUCCCAACUUUAAAUACCGAAUGCACAAUGUCUGGGAGCUGCCAGAAGAUUUCGUCGAUUGCUUCCCAUUCUUGUCCUGCUUUCGAAACCUCAAAAGUCUACACCUCAGAUUCCACGAGGACUGUGCAGAAUUUGGACAAGGCGACGCUGAUGAAUCCAAUGAUGAUCGACUCAGGAUUCUCGUCAAGAUACUCCGGUGCCUAGCAGGCAACUGGUCCGAAGAAAAGGAGAGAAUCACAGCAGUGAUUGGGGACAUGGCGAAUUUUCUCUUCUAUCCCGAGGAGAAGCUGCCGCCAACCAUAAACGGGCCUCCUAUUCAGCUUUCCAGUCUGACCAUCCGCAACUUGGGCGACCGUCACGACCCAUGGGUUGCUUCUUCAGAAACCUUCAAGCUGGUCGUUGGCCCGGCGCUCCGUGAUCUCCGACUUCACAUCACGACUGAGACUGAGGGGGAAGAGAGAAACACCGAAAGCAAUUCCAUCGCAAAGUACACUUUAUUUGAGAACCUACACACCACGUGGCUGGCCCCCGAUGUCGUGGCAAACCUUCACACACUCUCCCUCUACUGUCGAGAGCCAUGGGGUUUCAGCCCGAGGAUGGACUUUCGCCGGCUUGGGAAAGGUAGAGGGUUGCCCAAUCUCAAGGUUUUCGCCUUGGGAAAAUACACCUUUAGUCACGAAUGGCAGAUUGAUUGGUUUGGCUCGUUGAAUCUGGAAAAGCUUUACCUGGAUGACUGCGCUGUCCUGCAUCAGUACCAUUGUCGACCGUCGGAAAUGGAUCACGGUGAGACUGUAAUAGGACAGGACGACUUUGGCAACAAUAUAUCUAUUUCUAACGAAGGAUACUACAAGUCGAUAAAUGACGACGACGAGCCUAAUGGUCCUCAAGGGAGGCCCGUCACGACCUCCACCACCCUUCGCUGGCACAUGAUACUCUCCCGCUGGCGAGAGACCAUGACAAAUCUACGAGUCUUUAAGAUGGGCAGCGGCGACUGGUGGCGCCAAACAGCGUUCAGGACUUUUGACUGCCCCGAACUAGAGACCCCCGGGGAGGACAUCUUUAGGUUUGGAUGCGGUCUGUCCCAAGAAAGGCGCAACCAGCUGCUGUACAUGUACCGCACUGACGAAUGGUUGGGUUGGAGGGAGUGGGAGGAGGAGCGCCGUCAAUAUAUUGCGGAGAUGGAGCGGGAGGGAGAGGAGUGGGAUACUGAUGAGGAGGGGUUUGGUCUAUGGAGGAUGGAAGACGGUUUGAGGGCUAGGGAUGAGAAGGCGCUGGAUCUUUUUGUUUCGACGGUGGAAGAGAGGGCAAGGAAGAUUGGAUGA